CGCAUGCGCCCUGUUGCAGAAGCUAGACGGCGUCUGCUUUGUUGGAAGCAUCGCUGCUGUCACUUUCGGAGCGUCAGCUGCUAAACGCAAGACAUUUCUGGGGAUAUUUGCAGCGUCUGCUGUUUGUUAUACUCGUGUAAACUGUUUUAAGCUCACUAUUUGCGCUUUUUUCGCCGUUCGGACGCUUCAGGCGACAGAAGUCGGGACCUCCUGUAUAUAAACAAAACGCAGCGAGCUGCGUUUUAAGGUGGCACCUCAGAGACAGCCCGACCAAACAAACAACACUCGUCCGAUCCCUGCUCGUUAAGUUGGCUAACUUCGCGUUGACCUCGCCGUUAGAGAUGGGACGCGUCUUACAGCUUUGUUAGGAGUUAAACUCCGAAACGCAUCGAACAUGAGAGAAGAGGACAGUGUGUUGUUAGGAAGGCAGCCCAUGGCAAGUGACAGAGGGGGUGAACAUCCCUGCAGCUGCCACCACUUGACAGAGGAGGUAAAAGGACUUGCUAACGAGAAGGCUGGCCUGAGGCCUCCUGGUCAUUUGUCCAGGUCUUAGUAGUUUUAAAACCUCACUCUGGCACGAUAUGGAGACGGUGGGGAAAUUUGAGUUCAGUCGGAAGGACCUGAUAGGACAUGGCGCAUUUGCUGUCGUCUUCAAAGGCAGACAUCGAGAGAAACAUGACUGGGAGGUGGCGGUAAAAUGCAUAAACAAGAAGAACCUGGCCAAAUCUCAAACACUAUUGGGGAAGGAGAUCAAAAUACUGAAGGAACUCAAACACGAGAACAUUGUUGCAUUACUGGACUUUCAGGAAACUGCCAGUUCGGUGUACCUGGUAAUGGAGUACUGCAAUGGCGGCGAUCUGGCUGACUACUUACACUCCAAAGGCACACUGAGUGAGGACACUAUCCGGGUUUUCCUGCAGCAGAUCGCAGGGGCCAUGCGGGUCUUACAGGCCAAAGGAAUCAUCCACAGGGACCUCAAGCCCCAAAACAUCCUGCUCUCCUACCCACCGGGGCGCAAGUCGCAGUCCAACAACACCUGCAUCAAGAUCGCGGACUUUGGCUUUGCCAGGCACCUUCAGAACAACAUGAUGGCGGCGACGCUCUGCGGCUCCCCUAUGUACAUGGCUCCUGAAGUGAUCAUGUCCCAGAACUAUGAUGCCAAGGCCGACCUGUGGAGCAUAGGGACCAUCGUGUUUCAGUGUCUGACUGGGAAGGCUCCUUUUCAGGCCAGCAGUCCCCAGGACCUCCGGAUGUUCUACGAAAAAAACAAGAGCCUGAGCCCAAACAUCCCCAGAGAGACUUCCAGCCAUCUGAGGCACCUGCUGCUGGGUCUGCUGCAGCGCAACCACAAGGACCGCAUGGACUUCGAUGAGUUUUUUAGGCACCCGUUCCUGGAGGCUAGCUCAUCCAUGAAAAAGACAACUCCGACUGUGACCAUGACCUGUUUGCCCAGCUCUGCAUCAGCCAGCUCCUGUAGCAGCUCCUCCACCUCUCACCUCGCCUCACCACCGCAGUCUCUUGCUGAGAUUCAGCAUUUGCGUGCCAAAGCUCUGGCAUCCCCGACCCAGGAGGUCGCCGGCUUUCUCUUGAAGGACUCUUCCGGAGGCGGCGGCAGCAGCAAGAACUCCUCCUCCUGUGAUACAGAUGACUUUGUCAUAGUGCCUGCUCACUUCACCACAGGUGAGCUGACAUGUGAGAGUAAAGUGCUGCAAGACAGCCUGAUGAACAGCGGAUCUCUUUUGGCUUCUGCUGGUCUGUGUAGCCAAGCCAAAACACCACCUCACUCUCCUUCCUACAGUGGGUCUCCAAGUCCUGUCAGGCCCAGCGAGUUCUUGGGAAGUAACUAUGGAAACCACGGUCACUCAUUGCCUAUCCCAGUCCCCACUCAGGUCCAGAACUACCAGCGCAUGGAGCAGAACCUAUAUUCUCCCAAACAGGAUGGCUCACCACGGCUGUCGACGCCGGUGCGCCGCUGCAGCAGUGGGAGCUUGCUGGGCUUCGCUAGGGCCGGCCCCUCGCCGCCCUACGGCCAGGGAGCAGUCACCACCACCCGCAGACUCUCUCUGGGAGGAGCCAGAACUCUCCAGCUCUCUCCUCAAGCUCAGCAGCACGCUGAACCCAGGCUGGUUUCUCAGCCGCAGCCGCAGGUGGCAGGGCUCGGCACCCGUCUCCACAGUGCCCCCUGUCUGUUGGAGUGCGCCACUGGUGGCGGCAGGCAGAAAAUCAGGAAGCAGCAUUCGGACCCCGUGGUUGCCCCCUCAGCCGGGCUCAUGACCGUCCGCCCUCUGCACUCUUCCCCCAGGCUGAGUGAGCUGAUGCAGCGGAACCCCCUUCCCACCAUCCUCGGCUCCCCUUCCAGGGCCAUCCCUCCGUUUGAGUUCCCCAAGCCCCCCAGCUCUCCAAACCUCAUGACUUUCCUGACACAGCAGGGUUUGGUCAUCGGCUCCCCCGGCAGCAGGACUGCCCCAACAGAGCUCAGAGACCUGGGACAGCAAGCACCCACACCACUCACACAUCCUGCCCACUGCAUCCAUAGACUAACUGAUGAUACCAAGGGCUUUGGAAGGUCUCAUAGUGCCGGACGUCUGUCUGACAUGCUGCUGAUGGCUGCGUUUGGACCUGGUGGAAAUGUGGGUGAUCGAGGCAGUGCAGAGAACCUGACCUCUGAAAAAGCCAUAGAUAUAACAGGGCCUUCCAGUGGUGGGGGAGGCUUUGCGCCUGGCUCCAUCAGCCCGGCACAGGUGGUUUUCACUGUGGGCUCUCCACCCAGUGGCAGCACCCCACCUCAGACCUCCAGACAGAGGAAAUACUCAGGCUCAUUCACUUCUGUCAGCCCUGCAGCCUCGUACACCAGCCGCUACCCUCAGAUGGGCACCUACCUGGACGGCUUUGAGGCUCCGCCCAGUCCUCGUUACAGUUUCACUGAUCCCAUCACGGCCAACAUGGGUGGUCAUGUGACCUUUGAGGCUCCCGAGCUUCCUGAGGAGACGCUGAUGGAGCAGGAGCACACAGACACCGUGCAAAGCCUGCGCUUCACUUUGGAUUUCGCCCGGUGUCUAAUGGAGGUGGCUAGCGCCCGGGGUGCUGCAGUGGCUGGGGCGCAGGGGGACGUAUCUCAUCCCCCCUUCCUUCAGCACCAGAGUCUGGUAGCAGAUCAGAUAAGCUCACUGAGCCGCGAGUGGAGUUACGCAGAACAGCUGGUUCUCUACCUGAAGACUGCAGAGCUCUUGUCCACUUCCUUACACACGGCAAUGGAGCGAGUUAAACAGGGCAAACUCUACCCAUCUGCUACUGUCAAACAAGUAGUGAAGAAGCUGAAUGAGCUGUACAAGUCGUGUGUGGCGUCCUGCCGGUCGCUCAGCACCCGCCUGGAGCACUUCUUUUCCAGGAAGCACCGUCUAAUGGACCAAAUCAGCUCCAUCACGGCGGAGCGGCUGCUGUUCAGCCACACUGUGCAGAUGGUUAAGGAUGCUGCGCUGGACGAGAUGUUCCACCAGGGGGAAGCAUCGGCCCUGCGCUACCACAAGGCUCUGCUGCUGAUGGAGGGCUUGUCUCAGCUGCUCACUGAGCAGGACGACAUCCUCAGCGUUAGUAAAUGUAAGGAGUGCAUUGAACGGCGCCUCACAGCUUUGCAGUCUGGGCUCUGUGUCUGAAAAGCCCUUCACUUUGUCUUGGAAGUGUGGACACGAUGUCAGUCAUUCACACAUUACUAACAAAAGGAAAUCAUCCAUCCGUGCAUCAUGGUUUUCAAUUGGUUCUCACUAGAAAACCGCAACGAAUCUGUUUCCACUGAGGAGUCUUCGCUGUCCUUUCAUCGGUUUUUAGGACCCCCGACACUAAACCUGGACUGGUGUUAGGGGUCAGGUCACGAAUAUGUGCAGGAGCAAUCAUAGCCAAGUAGCCACAUAUAGUGAUUAUCUACACAUAAAACACAGCUUUUUAACAUUCAACUGCAACAGUCAACUCUGCAGAUAAAAUAUGAUUUCUUUUACCAAGUUGGAAUUUGAGUGCACACAUGGACUGAUAACGGCAGAGAAAGGGCAAGGUUCAUUCUUAAAUGUUGGUUUUGCUCCUCGUGCUUGACCCCGGGUUAGUUCUUGCUUGCUGACGGGAAGUCUACAGCAUUGCUACAGUCGGUGGCCAGUUGUGCACACAAGCACUAUUACAAACCUGUUGCCAAAGUAAGGUGGUUCUGUUUUAUGGUAUAUUUCAGUUUUAGGCUAUACUAGUUUGACACUUUAUUGAUUCUAUACUUGCUUAAUAUCAAAGACUGUGUCCAUGUAGUGUCGAAUGGAUUCAUUUGUCGUGUCCUAAGUGGUGGCUGGUAUUAAAGCACCAGGAAGACGUUGGGUCCAUUUUCCAGCCCACCGCUACACGUGGCAUAUAGCUUUUAUUUCAAAGUAGCCUGAACACGAUCUGUUAGCGUCUUCGAUCACAAUGCUGCAAUAACUUGAUGUUUGAUUCAUCGGGUAUACAGAAGCUUCGGUGCUGCGUCCGCUGGUAAUUCCUUCAUUCCACAUUCACUCUUUUUAUAUUUUAUCUAUCAAUCAUGUCGGUGUUUAGCAAGUAUAAUCAAAUUUGAAUGUAGGGCUGCGCUGAGAGAAACAGCCUUUGUACUCGACUUCGCGUUCAACAUUUGGGCUGUUCUUGGGGCUUAAGUCUGAAUGAUUUUGCACUGUUUGAAGUACUGUAUAGAAAGAUCGUGAAUGGAACGAACUGAACACGCCCAGUUUCUGUACAUACAUAGAUUCUUUUUUUUUGUUUCUUUUUUCUUAGAGAGAGAGUUUUGCUUGCGUACUUGUAGUGGACUUUUUGCUGUGUUACAGUCACUGUCAAAAGGUGACGUGUGUUAGAUGCGAGAAUGUUGACAAAGAGAUGGUAUAAGCUAGGAGACCUUAGAAAGAUUUCUAUACACUGAAAACAAAAAAACAACAAAAAAAAAAAAAACGAUUUGGUGGUUUUGUGUUUUACAUUAGAGUAAUCAGUGGGUGACAAUUGUGUUCGACUUUGUAAAGUGACCAUGUUGAUUUGGAGUGUGCAUUUUAAAUGAAACAUUUGCGUAAUAGUUGAUGUUGAUGCAUCCAAAAAUGAUCUGCGUGGGCCAAUUUGGCAUUUUAAAAAAGAGGAGUUCGUGUGCAUGCAUGUAGGAAGUGGUGCUGUUUGAGAUGUUAAUGCAGUGUGUGAUCGGAUUCCUCUUUAACGUAUGAAACUGAAACGCCCACUGACGAUGUAGGGCUCCUCCGCUGUCAGGCCCACUUUAUUUUUCCGAAGGUGUAAUUUUCCCAUUAAUUAAGAUGGUGGAAAAAGUGCAUGUUUUUAUAAUACUGCACUGGUGUGUGGUCACAACCGAAGAUAGUUUACAAUGAAGCCAGUACAGUAGCACUGUCAGCAGAACCGAAUGGAGGAAAUAUGUAUCUAAAUAUAGUUUGUGUGUUUUUGCUUUGUUGCCUUUUGUCUUUUGUCAGACAACUGAAUUUUUCUUAGUGUGUGUAUAUUUGUGUUUGAGUGUACAUUCCUAAUGUCAGUUCACCAACAGGCUCUCUGGCUCUACGCUGCUCUGCUCAGUCAGUGUACGAUGACGAUGUCUCAAAGGAAACAGGUAGCAGAAGAUCUCUUUAGAAAAGUGUCACUUUUUAAUUGUUCCACACAAUCAUCGUUAAAGGCCAUCCUAAUUAAGGUUAUACUUAGAGUCAAACACAGUUUGUAUGUAAGCUGAGAUCAUCUGCUGUUUUAAAUUUAACACAGAGAUUAAAAAAAAAAACAUUUCAUUUUCACAUCACUAAUUCUGUAUUCCCUGUAAAUAUUGUAAAUUAAGUUAUUGUUAUUGUAUAUAUGACACUGCAGGCAUGGAGAGAACAGUAACAUACCAUCUAUGUAUUUCCAAAGACUAGGCCUUCAGCUUCCAUAUUGUCUCUUACUGUUGCAAAUGCAUUUUAAUGCCGUCAUAUUCAUAGCACACACUAUCUCAAUGUCCCCCCCAUGUGUGAUGUAACCUUUACUGUUGGGGAGCUGCACCAAGAAUAAAAGUAAAAGGAAAGGUC